AACACUCCCGCUAUUCAAAAGAAACCAGCUGUGCGAUAGCGCCGACAGGCCACAUCGAACACAUCUAGCUCAGUGUGAGAAGGAUGAAACAACGGUCAGGGGUGAAAAAUUCACACAAAACUAAUUGGAUUAAAACAUAGUAAAAGUUCAUACAGUGGAAAUACUGAUUUUGCCAAUACAUGUGCAACAUUUGCAAUGCCAUCGUGUCAUAUAAAGGAGGGCGCACCACUCUCACGGUGUACAGAGUGCCCCAUUUUCGACACGCUACGCCAGACUUCUUCCAACCAGCCAGGCUCAGCUUCAGGCUUGGCUACAUCUUCUCCUACAACCUUCUGCAGUUCUGUGGACACACAUGGAUACUGACUAAUACCAUCAUCAGGUUUUUCACAUUUGGCCAAGAUGCCAUUGCAGACACUUUUUACGCCAUUGGCCUUGUCAUGAGCCUCUGCCAGCUGCUCUCCAUCUUGGAGCUUUUCCACAUCGCAGAUGGGAUUGAGGAGGCCAAACUACUUCCACGCCUCAUCCAAGUUUUGGAAAAGAACCUCCUGCUCAUCAUGCUCAUCCUGCUGGAGGAGUUUCAGAGCAAACCAGUCGUGUGUGUGCAGCUCUUCUUUUGGAACAUCCUGGACCUACUGAGGUACCCUCAUGAAGUACUAUGUGUGAUAGACACCCCCUUCACUGUCAUGCUGUGGGCACGCUACACUCUGUGGAUACCUGUAUACGUCCUGUCUGUCAUCACUGAAGGGGUCACUAUAUACCAAGCAAUGCUCGACAUUGAGCAGGAAGCCUCCGCCAUGCAGAAUUCCACGGAUUCUUCACCCAGUCAACAGCAGUUUGUUCUCACGGCCUCCGUGCCUCUUCUUGCUCUUGGAGCGUCGUUUACAGUGUGGCAGUCGCUGAAGGAAAGACAACAUCAGCUGGAGAGGUGGACCAAGAAGACAAAAAAGAAGUGACUGGUGUCUUAGAAAGUAAAGAUACAAUAUAGAUGCAAGCGUUCUUUUAUUUAGACAUCACUGCGUUUGCAUGGUCCGAAGCUGUGUUUCUGUGUGUGGACUACCAGCCAUAUGCCCUGGUCCACACUGACUUCUUCUUGAACUCAGGAGAACACCUUAGGGCCAAGAGAGCAGCUGGAAACAAGGCAGACAAAUUUAACAAGCUUAUCACAAAAUGUUUGUAUUUUUUAGUUAUUGUCUGAAAAACAUUCAGUGGAUUUAUUCUUUUCCGUAAAAUAUACAGUACUUCACAAGAGUGAGUGCACCCCCGCUUUUCUGCAAAUAUUUCAUUGUAUCUUUUCAUGGGACAACACUAAAGAAACAACACUUUGAUACAAUGUAAAGUAGUCAGUGUAGAGCUUAAAUAACUAAACUUACUGUGCCCUCAAAAUAACACACAGCCAUUAAUGUCUAAACCGCUGGCAACAAAAGUGAGUACAACCCUCCUGAAAAUGUCCAACUUGUUCCCAAAGUGUGAAUAUUCAGUGUAGAUAUCAUUAUUUUCCAAGACCAUUGUAAGUCUCCCAGGCAUGGUGUUCACUCAUGCUUCACGUUGCCUCUGAGAUUCUCUUUCAGGCUUCCAUGACAUCACAGAGCUCGUGGAUGUUAAGACACCCUGCACCACUCCACCUUCCAUUUAAGAAUCCCCCUCAGAUACUCAGUGUGGUUUACGUCUGUCACCUUUACCCUCAGCUUCUUUAGCAAGGCAGUGGUCAUCGUGAAGGUGUGUUUGGGGUCCUUAUCAUGCUGGAAUACUGUCCUGCUGCCCAGUUUCCAAAGGGAGGGCAUCAUGUUCUCCUUCAGUAUGUCACAAUACAUGUUGGUGCUCCCCAGUGCCGGCAGCACUCAUGCAGCCCAAUGUCAUGACACUCCCAUCACCAUGGUUGACUGUAGGAAAGACAUACGUGUCUUUGUAACUCUUCAUCUGGUUGCAGACACGCAUGCUUGACACCAUCUGAACCAUAUAAAUUUAUCUUGGCCUCAUCAGACAACAGGGCAUGGUUCCACUAAUCCUAAUCCAAUGGAUCACGGCGAGGCAUGUUCUGAGUGGAACCUGUCCUGUUAAAGCAUUGUAUGGUCUCGGCAACCGUGCUGCAGCUCAGAUGCAGGGUGUUGGCAUAGCCUCGAACUUCUAGGUCGAGCAACAAUUCUCUUUUUCACACCCUCAGAGUUCUUUGCCACGAGGUGCCAUGUUGAACUUCCAGUGAUAAAGGAACACCAAAUUUAAUACACCUGCUCCCCAUUCACACCUUAGACCUUGGAAUAAUGAGUCACACGACACCGGGGAGAAAAAAUGGCUAAUUGGGUCCAAUGUGUACAGUUUAACAUAGGGGGGAAUUUACUUUUGUUGCCAGUGGUUUAGACAUUAAUGGUUGUGUGUUGAAUUAUUUUGAGGGGACAGCAAAUUUACACUGAUUGUAAAAUAAAAUAGUCAGCUGGGAUAACAAAGUGUUGUUUUAGUGUUCUCCAGUAAAAAGAAAAUAAAAUAUUUGCAGAAAUUUGGAGGGGUGUACUCACUUUUGUGACACCGUUUAUGAAAUUGGUUCUUGAUGAUAAUGAGUAGAAAGCACUGUAUAUCACCUUUGGCUGUGUUGAUGGUUGAGCUCGUCAGACUUUGUUCAGGUCCCUCCGUGAUGCUGAGAAGCCACUCUAUGAACUAACCCACAUGCAUCCAAGAAUAUUUAAUAACAUUUCAUAAUGGAGUAGCUUUAACAUGACACCAAGCUGAGGGUGCUGGUGAUGACCUUGUGCGACUGGCAGCUCCAUGGUUCUUUGUUGAGAAGUAGGGGCAGGCUGUGUGACAGUCCCAGCAGGCAUUGGGGCAGGAUGCGCUCUGUCAGCGACUCCUCGCCGUACAGAUCGUGCGGGAGGGCAGCGGGCUUGGACACGUGUUGCCAUGGGAACCACCAGGUUCUAAUGCCGAGCAGGAGGGGCAUGGAGUGGUCUCCCCAGGAAACAACGGCGGCGGCAAAGACUUGAAACAGGAAGUCUGUGGCCUGUGGAACAUACCAUUUGGAUAGAGUAAAUGUGUGUAUUUUAGGGCACUCACACACGUGCAUGCAAGCACAAAUGCGCGCGCACACACACACACACACACACACACACACACACACACAAAAGAUAGAUGUCCAACAUACCACUUUCGUGUCCACACACGUGACAGAGGUGGAGCCAUAGGCAACAUUUCGGAUGAGUCCCAUCAGCUCCAGCAGCCACUCCAUUCGUUUGCUUACACCUGGAACACAGCAAUCCAUUGUGAGGAAAAAACUAACUUUGACGCCCUCUUGUGGGCAAACGUUUUACAGCAUGAAUUUCAUUUCUUGAGUGGCUAUUAAAAAACAAAACAAAAGAGUGACCUGUGUGAACGCUGGCAGCCAGACGACAUUGGUAGAAGGUAUGCACGAGAAUCCAGCCCACUCGGUGGCUCGGCCAACCACGGAGCACACUGGCGAUGACGUCAUUCAGCCCGAGGAGGGGAAUUCUGCCCUGGGAUGCCAGGUAAGCCAAGACAAAGCAGGUUUUCUCCAUCUGAGCCUAAAAAAAGCCCAGUCGUAACAUUACGUAUAGCAAAGAGUGGGAAAAUAUUACAAACAGCUCGCGGUACGACUUUUUAAAUGGACUACAUCGUACCUCAGUGACGCUGGCGAUGCGGUCAAUCUCAGUAUCGGACAUCUCACGCAAACAUUUGGCGAUCCCAACGUACAAAUCCACUUCAGUAGCCUAAAACAAAUUAGAUUUCAAACGCAUGUCCAAAGACUGAGGGCUCGCGAAUGAGAUUCUGUGUCGCCGUACCUUCAUUUGGUUGGGCAGGAGGCUGAA